AAAGUGAUUUCGAAUUAGGAAGCGAACAGCAAUGAAUAUUAUGUGAAAGGCAUAAGGUUUAUGGAAGAAAACGACCCAAAAAAUUUUAGAGUUGUCGAAGAAUCUGAAGAUGAGAUUUACGAGAAGAUAAGAGAAUUGAGGGACUGUCUCGCCGAUGCCAUCGAGGAAAAUGACCAAGAAGCCGAAGCGGACGCCUUGAGUUUUCUUGGCCUUGCUUAUUAUAAACUGGGAAAUUAUGCAACUUCGAAAGAAUACCAUGGAAAACACCUCUCCGUAUCACAAGAAUUAAAGGAUGAAAAGGGCGAGCGAAGAGCCCAGAGUAACCUGGGAUGUUUGUAUAAAAUUACUGGUGACUUAGAAAUGGCGAAAGAGCAUUUUCUAGUAGCUUUGAAUAUCGCAAAGGAACGAGACGAAAAGCGACCGUUGGCAAAGAUCUAUAAUAAUCUUGGAAACAUUUUUGAGCUGGAAAUGAAUUACGAAGAUGCGCUUAACUGCAACAAGGAGAGGCUUGCGGUCGCUAAGGAACUAAAUGACCAAAAUGGCAUUGGAAAGGCACUGGCGAAUUUGGGAAAUUUAAGUCACGUGGUUGGAAAUCUUAAAGAUAGUAUUGCGUAUUAUGAGGAAAUGCUCGACAUACUUAGAGCCAAACUUCGAAUCCUUGACACUCUGGCUGAAGAAGAAGAAUCUAACUCAGAAGACGAUUUUGUUGACAUCGAUUUAGUGGCGUUACAAGUCGCCGAGGACGUAAAACAAAAAAUGGAGGAUCAAAGACGUGAAGAAGAGCAAGCUCAAGGAGCCGUCAAAAAGAAACGAAAAUUUAAAAAUCCUUUCAAAAGGAGACCGAAAACACGAGAAGAAAAGAUUGAAGCAUAUUUAGAAAACUAACCAUAAUUCUUUAUCGUGUAUUUGUGUGAGACGAAGAAGUUGAAUCACUUAAUAGUUCUCUAUCGAAAAAAAUCAUGCCACUGAUGAUUUUUGCCGAUAAAAGCGUCGCCCAAAUGGUAUAAAUCUAAGCUUUUCCUAUGUUGGAUAAUGUAAACGUGGACAACUCUGCGUGCAAUCAAACACCAUUUCGUUUUGAAUGUGAUGCAAUAAAAUUA